AUGAACCCAGUAUUCAGAUCCAUUCUUCUACUCGCCAGCGUUCUGUUCGGCCUCACCCAAGCCGGAAUAUUCCCCUCGACUGGAGAUAUUCAGGCGAUCGAUAUCGUCAGAUUAAAAAAACAUCUCGCAGGAUCGAGCAAAGGAACGAUGGUCGCUUUUUACGCUCCUUGGUGUGGGCAUUGUAGAAACCUUGUACCGGAGUACCAAAAAGCAGCUAGCAGCGUCAAGGAUCUGGUCACUUUUGUCGCAGUAGAUUGCGAUGCAGCAGAAAACAAGGCAGCUUGUAGUACGGAUUAUCAAGUCAAGGGUUUUCCAACUCUCGCCUAUUUCCCAGGAGUACCAGUUCCCACUCCCUACCAGGGCGAGCGCAAAGCCAAAGCAGUCGUCGACUUUGUGCUACAGAGCAUGCCCAAUUUUGCCAAAAAGAUCAAGACAGGAGACGAGCUAAGCAAACUAAUCUCCAAAUCAAAAACGUCUCGACCAUUGAUCGUUUUGUUUACCGAAGCCACCAAGACUACUUCGCUUUUCAAAGCACUCUCGAGUGCGGUACACAAAAAGAUGGACGUCUACACGGCUACACCCACAGCGAUUGGAGGGGACUCGGCAAAGGCAAAGUUCGGAGUAGACAAAUUCCCAACAGUGAUGAUUUACAAAGGAUCAGAAGAAACCGAACGAGAAAAAUACUCCGGUCAGAUCAACUACAAAUCACUCUUCGAAUUCUUUAAAUCCCACGCGCCACCUAAAGAAGAGAAACCGAAGAAAGAAAGCCCCGGAAAAGCCGCUGGUGAAUUGUAA